GUACCGCAGCAGAGACCUGCGGAACCAGACGUACAGUUGUAUUUAUCUGUGAUUUUGUGUGAAAAUAAAUUAAAACAAAUAAAAAAGUAAAGAAGAAAAACAAAAACAACGUGUCUCUGAUCAGCAUUUUGGAACUGUACGGAAUCGUCAACAUAUUACACAACGAUUCCAUCAAGAUAUAACGUGACAUGAAGAAAAUCUAAAGAUUUUUUGACCCUGUCUAUACAUGCUCAGACCUCAAGGUCACCCCGGCAUCACCCUGGCUAACGAUUUGUCAGGAAGUGCCGGCCCCGGUGGCGGAGUUGGCUCGGUAGGCUCCUCGGUCGGAAGUUCAUUGUCGACAACUGCUCUGAGUUUGGAUCAUCAGCAGUUUAACAUAUUCCCAGCUAUAUUCAGCAGACAGUUGAAUUUUUCGGCAGCAAAUUGCGGUCAAAAUAAACUAAUGGACGAACUGAGGCCGAAUCUUGGUCUCCUCGGGGUCGGUCUCGUCGAAAAUGACUCCUUUCACCUCAACCACAACCAAGAGAAGAGAAAAUGUAGCAGUACCAGUUCGAACGAACAGGAUUUCGGCUUGUACGGUGUUCAUCAGGGACUCGAAGCCAGCCCACCGACACCGGCGGCGACACCGGGGCGAAACAGUGUCGGCGCAACCACCACCGUUGGAGCAGAAGGGGCCUUCAAGAAAUUGAAACCGGAACCAUGUGCGUCCAGUCCUCAUAUCGGUCACACACCAACAACGGCGAGUUGUCCGACGCCCGCUCGACGGCGUCACAGAACGACCUUCACCCAGGAGCAACUAGCAGAACUAGAAUCGGCCUUCGCGAAAUCCCACUACCCGGAUAUUUACUGCAGGGAGGAAUUGGCGCGAAGUACCAAACUUAACGAGGCCAGAAUUCAGGUCUGGUUCCAAAACAGAAGAGCGAAAUAUCGCAAGCAAGAGAAACAAUUGCAGAAAGCACUAACGCCAAUUCCUGCCUGCCAAGGUGCCAUGAUGCGCAAUAUUUAUCCCGGCGCAGGAAGAGGUUACCAACCUUAUCCACAUCCGCACAACGGCAUUAAUGGAAUUAAUCGUUAUCCCCAGAUGGGCAGCACGUCGUACCCGAGUAUGACGCAGCCUUUCUCCAUGUCACAUUCUGCGACGAACAUGUCUGCGGUGACUGGAAUGCGGCAGGAUGCAAUGGGUAUGUCAGCGGAGGACGAGUGGUAUAACAAAAGUAUUUCAGCACUCAGAAUGAAUACGGCUCAUCAUCCAAAUUUGGCGGCGCCGAUGCUGCAGUAUCAAACAUAAUUUUAAAAAUUGAAGGAACGCUUCAGACUUUCGAGAAUGAUCAAUUUCCUUUAACCAAUUCAAAACCAACCUGACGCUGAAGUAUCAUCGGCUUAUACUUAUGCAAGAAAGGAUGAAAAACGGAAAAAGAUCGAUUUUCGAGAUCCAAGAACUUUGUUCGGCGCACUCUGACGAUGUUUUGGUGUUUGAAAAUUUAUACCAAUAACGAAAUGAAUCAAAAAAAAAAUACCGCAACAACAUUGAAGAUCGUCGUGGGACUGGAAAUAUAAAAAUCCUUUAUCUAACGAUUCUAUGAAUCAAAUAAUAUAUGAUAAAGGUCUUAUACGUAUAUAAUAUAAUUAUUAUCACUGACAAUUUGACAUUAUUUCAUCCAAUCGGCGUCAUUUCUGCAGCGAAUAUUAAUUGGUUUUUGGAUUGGUUCUGUCUUUUAUUCACUAGUCGAAAUCUAGUCGAUUCAACAUUAAAUUAAUUUAUUAAAUAUUUUUAAAACUCAUUAAAAUUUCAUAUUUUUUAUUAUAAAUAAAUACCCUCCUACCCCACCCCCGAACCUCCCUCUAAUCAGCAAGAACAAACCAAAAGAAAACAACGUUAUUUCAUCGAUCAUUAUUUAUCAUACUAUACAGCGUUUAAUAGUAUAAUAUUAUAGACGUAGACACGUGUUGUCUACAUGUCCAAGAAAGUAUACAAAAAAAAAAAACCAAAAAAAAAAAGAAUUGAAAAAAAAUAUGUAAUUAAGAUACCUACGUAAUUAACAUAUAAAUAAAUGAAAAGUAAAGUGAAAAGAAAAAAUGAAGAAAAAUGAAAAAAAAAAAACAGAUGAAAAUUGUUGUACGUAAAUAAUUAAAUUAUAAAAUUAAGUUUUAACGAACAGUUUGGCAGUCGUUUAACCCCACAACUAUUACUCGCAAAAAAAAAGGAAAGAAUCAUUUCUCCAAACUUGAAAAUUCCAUAAAAAUUUUGUAACGAUGCAGAUCGCAGUGCAAAUUUUGUGAGAAAAAACGAGGGGUUAAAAACGAUUGCGAUACGGAGCAGAAGAAGAAACGAGAUAACGAGUACGAAAGAUGGAGAGAAAGUGAUGAACGAAUGAACGAACGAAUGAAACGUUGUUUUUUUGUAACUAUUGUAAAAUUUCAGUUUCGAAGAUAUCGCGUAAAAUCGAUUCUUAAGAUAUUUAGUUAGUUUCUUAACAACGAUUCGCAGAUAAACAAAAAAAAAAAAGAAACAACAAAAAGAAAUAAAUACACUUUCGUUGAAACUGUAAAUAAAGUAUAAAAUAUAUAUAUAUAUAUAAAUACAUAAUUUACGUAUAUAUAUAUAUAUAUAUAUAUAAAUAUAGAUACUGUAAUCGCAUAUUAAUAUAGUGUAAUACGAUUUUUCAAUGUCCUUUUAAAAUAUAAGCAUAAUACCUAUAAAUAUACCUUAAGAAAAAGACAAAAAAAAAAAACCAUACCUAUAUAAAUACCUACCUAUAGAUAUUAUUAUCAUUAUUAUUAUGGUUAUUAUUAUUAUUAUCAUCAUCAUUAUAAAUUAGGCGAGUGAAACUUGUUAAUUUCUGUGCUUUUGUUGGGCAACGUAAUAUAUUAAAGGGGAGGGGAAAAAAAAUAAUUAUAAUCUGGCGAACUGGAUAUUGGUUUCAAAAUUACAAUACUUCAAAUCUGUCCAGUUUGAGUGAAUUAAUGAUAAAAACCAAAAAAAGAAAAAGGUUUAAAAAAAAGUCUCUCUCUAUCGGUGUCAUUUUUCGAUAUCUGUCUAAUGAAUAUUUAAAACGACUCGAGAAUCGCGCGCAGGGGGGGGGGGGAAAUUGUCGCGUAUCGAAAUACGGAAGGCUAUAAAAAUCAGAAGAAUGUAACCCUCGGUUUUUUGAAGUUAUAAUCAAUUUUUUGGCAUGAAAACGUAUCCCACGAAAGUGAGGAAAUAUCAAAAACAU